AUGGCUAAAAUCAUUUUCGUGGUAAUUUUUCUUAUCUUUACAAAUAUUUUCGCUGAUAAUCCUGAAUGCGAGAAAGAAUCGUUUUGUGAAUGCUGGACAAAUAAAAAUGAUACACAUGAUUAUUGCAUUUCAAUCAAAGGUGUGAAGUUUGCAAUAAUCGUGAAAUCAUGGUUACGUGGAGAGAUCACGUUUGAAAAUGUUAGUUGGAAAGAUUUUAAUUUAACGAGAGAUCAAGACAGCGAUAAAAUCGAUUCUGUGAAUUUCGAAAAUUGCCUCAAAAGUCUACCAAAGAAACCUUUUCAAGGAUUUUCAAGUGUGACCGAAUUAGUUUUAUCCUAUAACGGUUUAACUAAUAUAUCAUCUGAUUUCUUUACAAUCUUUCCUAGUUUGAGAUCUCUUGAUUUGUCUCAAAAUUCUCUUGUUUUAGACAAAAAUACUUUUAAGGAAACUUUAAAUCUUGAGAAACUUGAUUUACAUGGAAAUGGAAUAACAGAACUUCAAUUUUAUGUAUUUAAUGAUCUACAGAAUUUAAGAACUCUAAAUCUUGAAAGAAAUUUAUUAAAAACACUUGAUGACAGAAUAUUUGAUAAAUUAAAUUCAUUAAGAUAUUUGAACCUAUCAUCGAAUUUGUUGUCGAAUAAUAAAGAUAAGUUAACAUCAUUGCAUGAUGUAUUUAUAACGGAUUUAAAAAAUCUUGAAGAAGUUCAUAUGAGAAACAGUAAAUUAAUGUUUAUACCAGACAAAUUUUUCACGGGUACAACAUCUGUAAAAUUCAUCGAUUGGAGUGAGAAUUUUGUUGAAAAUAUAAGCGAAACGGUCUUCGUAGAUGUAUUUAAUACUAAAUAUCUUAACAUUAGUCACAAUAUUAUAAUGGACCUUACUGAUUCAAUUUUUCAAUAUUUUCAAAAUUUAGAAGUACUCGACUUGUCUUUUAAUCGCAUAUAUCGCGUACAAAGAAUGUUAUUACAUGGUUUGACAUCGUUAAAAGAACUUAACAUGGAAGGAAAUAGUUUGAUAACUAUCCAUUCUGAAGCAUUUUCAUCCAAUGAACAACUAUCCAUCGCAAAGUUCUCCGAUAAUCGUCUACAGUUUAGUAAUCCAUUCAAUAUGUUGUCACCUUUUUAUAAUAAUCAUCUUCUAAAAGAAUUGCAUUUAUCAAACAAUAAAAUUAAUCAUUUUUUUUCUGAUUGGACUACGAAUAAACUAGAGUUAGAAUUAUUGGAUCUGCGUCACAACGACAUAAGUACAAUAUCGGCGAUUUAUUUUGUGUUUUCGUCGGAUAAAGUUCUAGUAGAUUUAAGAUAUAACAACAUAAAAAGUAUUUUACUAACUAAUAUCGAAAAGUUGGCACUAUUUAAUACUGAAAAACGUAAAGUUACUGUCCACGUUGAAAACAAUCCCUUAUUAUGCGAUUGUCACCUAUAUAACCUUUUGCGUUAUUCUAACGGUGAUAUGCCCAUUACUGUUUAUAAUUUCUUUGAAAUUAGAUUAGGAAACUUAACGUGUGUGAAACCUUAUCUAAACGAAUGGCUACAAAUUAAUCAGCUGGAUUUUAAAACCUAUCAGUGUCUCGAGDAUGACUACUUUCAAGUUGUAGAUAGGCAUCCAAGUUUAUGUACUUCUAAGAUAAGACCGUAUGAUCAAACACGAAUUAUAGAUUGUUCGAACAAAUUGAAGCUUGAAUUAAAAAUCAACAACAAUACAAUAAAUUCGAAUGGAAAUUAUCCAUUAAUAUUGAAUUUCACGGGGAAUUAUUUAAGGGAAAUACCAUCACUUGAUUAUAUAAAAACAUUUAACAUAACACACUUAUUGUUAUCUAAUAAUAUGAUUUUUGAAAUAUCGUUGGACAGACUACCAAAAAAUAUGAAAGUAUUAGAAUUACAUAAUAAUCAUCUAUUAAGCUUGAGUCACGAAGUAAGUAAAUUCCUUGAUGAUGAAAAUUACAAAAAUAUAACUUUGAGUGGGAAUCCAUUUGUAUGUGAUUGCAAUGUUAGAUUUUUACAUGAAUUUGUUUUGAAUAACCGAGAUUAUUAUGAUGAUAUAAAAAAUGUGAAGUGUCAAGGCUAUAACACUACUUUAGAUGAUAUAAGAGCUUAUGAUUUGUGUUUUUAA